UAGGGUAGUAAAGUUAAGUAACUUUACUUGUACUUUACCAUCGCAGUACUGUGACCUGUUCUUACCUGUGCAACUUUAACUUACCAUUUAAAAUCAGAAGGAUCACUCGGAAAAAGAUGUCCUUGGUUCCCCAUAUUGCUAAAGAGCUGCUGAAGGAACUGUACUGUGAGAGUCUUGGUUCUCUGCCCCACACAAACUACAUCCGACCCUGGCGACUAACCCAAGCUGAGGAUAGUGGCGUGUCCAGUCUAGUCAAGGAUCAAGAUGGAAUCAAGAUCUCUCUCGACGUACAACAGUUUAAGCCGGAAGAGCUAAGUGUAAGAGUUGUCGGUGAUUUCAUUGUAGUAGAAGGGAAUCACGAGGAACGUGUUGACGAACACGGAUUGGUUUCUAGACAAUUUACUCGCCGCUACCACUUGCCUGACAAUGUUGAUAUUGAUGCUAUCAAAUCAACAAUGUCCUCGGACAACGUUUUGCAGUUGACAAUUCCGAAGAAAGUUCUUGACAAGAAAAACAUAGUCAACAUCCCUAUCUCUAAAAUAAACCCUCCACCAUCCCCAUUUACCAGCCCAAAACCACCUGCUGAGAAGAGAAUGAAGAUUGAAGAAGGAGCUUAAGACUGAAGAUUGAAGGAGGUGACCAAGUUAAGACUGAUGAUUGAAGUAGGUGCUUAAGUUAAGAUACAAAUAAAGACUGUAUUAGGAGCUUAUAAGUUAAGAAUGAAUAUUGAAGUAGGUUAAGAUAUAUUUUUGGAUACUUUUUGUUAAAGUUUGUCAUCACCAUUCUCAUUCCUCCUCAAUUGAAACUCAUUGAACUGCAUUAUUCCUACUUAAACACUUAUAGCCUUCACAUUAGCUAAUUGGUGAAAAUGAGUAACUUUAAUACCUAAACUAAAUCUUACUUUACUGAGUUCCAUAACAGGCUAAUAAUUCUAUCUUUUGCUAUAAUAUACUGCUAACUUCAACAGUUCAAGUUACUGCCUCCAAUACCCUCAAACUUUUGAUUCUAAAUUGUUGUUAUUGGUUUUAACUUGCCAAUCUAUAAGUUUCAGAUAGAAGUGUGGUUGUAAAUUAACAGAAAAGAUCCAAAAAGUUUUGUUUACAUAUGAAUGAUAAUUGGAUUGAUGUGGUUUUGUUGUUGAAAUGUAGUUGUAUUUUUUCUUUAGUCAACAUUCCUGUUUAUCAUGUAUAGUUCCUUAAAAGACUGAUUCAUCUCAUUUGUAGUGUAUUUUUGUAAAUCGUAAGGUUAAAAGCUUAGGCUAUUUCAAAGUAUUUGAGCUUGAAAAAAUCUUAAGCUUUGGUAUUAUUCUAUAGCUUUAGUUGUACAAAGUAAUUUAAAGUAACUGUAAGUGUUAGGUAUUUUUAACUGUUUUUAUGUACAAUCAUCUGAUUUUUGUUAUUUACCGUUUAAUCUUUUGUG